AACAAUAAAUUCUCGAUGGACUCCUCACCCGUACAAAAUAUAAACAAAUAGGUGUCAAAUAGCUAUAAUUCAAGCAUUUAAAGAAGAUAAAAUCUAUAUUAAAUCAUGAGCUGCAACUACGCGGAUGGAUUGUCAGCCUACGACAACAAGGGAAUCCUGGGAGCACCAGAGAGUUUCGACAGCGAUGAGACUGUGGCCGAAAAGUGCCAGGAGCUGGUUGAUUUGAUCAAGAAAUCCGGACACGUUGUCCUCCACACGGGAGCUGGGAUCAGUACGUCCGCAGGGAUUCCGGAUUUCCGCGGCCCCAAGGGCGUUUGGACGCUGGAGGAGAAGGGCGAGAAGCCGGACUUCAAUGUCUCCUUCGAUGAAGCCAGACCCACUAAAACCCACAUGGCCAUCAUAGCCCUGAUUGAAAGCGGCUAUGUGCAGUACGUAAUCUCGCAGAAUAUUGAUGGGCUCCACUUGAAAUCCGGACUGGAUCGCAAAUAUCUUUCCGAGCUGCACGGCAACAUCUACAUCGAACAGUGUAAGAAGUGCAGACGCCAAUUUGUGAGCCCAUCUGCCGUGGAAACAGUGGGUCAAAAGAGCCUGCAACGUGCCUGCAAAUCUUCAAUGGACAGCAAAGGUCGCAGCUGCAGAUCGGGAAUCUUAUACGAUAACGUUCUGGACUGGGAACACGAUCUGCCCGAAAACGACCUCGAAAUGGGUUUGAUGCACUCCACCAUAGCUGACCUAAAUAUUGCGCUCGGAACCACCUUGCAGAUCGUGCCCAGCGGAGAUCUGCCUUUAAAGAAUCUAAAACGCGGUGGAAAAUUUGUCAUUUGUAAUCUGCAGCCCACGAAACACGACAAAAAGGCUAACCUAAUCGUAUCCAGCUAUGUGGAUGUGGUUUUGUCCAAGGUGUGUAAACUAUUGGGUGUUGAGAUACCCGAAUAUUCGGAGGCAUCCGAUCCUACCAAGCAGUCCAAGCCAAUGGAGUGGACCAUACCCACAAGCAAUGUAAAUACCUUUCACAGAGAGUAUAGAAAAUAUGUAAAAGAUUCCAAGAUUGAAUCGAAAGCUAAGAAAACCAAGUACAAGUAAGUCUAUAGCCUAUAGUUUAUAGAAGUUAAGAUCUAAACAAUUCGUUAGACACAAAAUGCAUUUAACACGCGAAU